ACUUUCACAGAGAGAGAGAGAGAGAGAGAGAGGGGACUCGACCCGACCCGACCCGACCCGACCCUGGAGUUCAAGCUGGCGGCUCCAUCCCUCCACCCGAGACGCGCUCAUGAACUUAUAGACCAAAUAAAGUGCAAAGUGUUUCCUGUGUGGGCGGAGCCUGGAGGGGCCCGAGGCUGGUCCUGGCCUCUCUGUAUAAAAUGGGAGGCCGGUGAAGGGCUCCACUCGUGGGCUUUGGACUCUCCGGUGUGGUGCAUGCUGUGCCGCGGAGGCCGAGAGAAGCUCGAGCGGGCCUGUCGGAGAGGCAGGGGGGCGCUGCGGCUCCCCACAGCCAUGCUUCAGCUCAAACUGCCCCGCCUCUUCAACAUCCACCAAGUCCCAAAGGUGUUUUGGGAGGACGGCAUCAUAUCUGGUUACCGGCAUCCUCAAAGCUCCGCCCUGGACUGCAUCCUCAGCAGCUUUCAGAUGACCAAUGAGACGGUGAAUAUCUGGACCCACUUCCUGCCAACAUGGUACUUCCUGUGGCGCUUCUGUGCGCUCUGUUCGACGGUGGACUUCCUGUCUGAGAGCUACUCGUGGCCGCUGCUGGUGUACAUGCUGCUGAUCUGCGUGUAUCCCUUCACUUCCAGCUGUGCUCACACCUUCAGUACAAUGUCACUCGAAGCCCGGCACAUCUGCUAUUUCUUCGACUAUGGAGCGCUCAGCCUUUACAGCCUGGGUUGUGCGAUCGCGUACGGCUCCUAUGUGAUGCCUGAAUGUUGGGUGAACAGUCGGCUCCAUCGCCUCUUCGUGCCAAUUGCCAUCGCUAACACCAUCUUCUGCACCAGCACGUCCUGCUACUCCCGGUUUUUAGAGCUGCAGUUCCCACACAGGAGUAAAAUGUUGCGCACCGGCGCCUUCGUGAUUCCCUUCAUGUUCGAUAACAUCCCGCUUUUCUACAGACUCCUGCUGUGUUUUGGUGGAAGCUGCGCUCACACGGACGCUCUGCCCAGUCACUGUUAUCACCUGCUGUUUGCUUUCCUCACCUGCUUCCUGUUCGCAUCUCACCUGCCUGAGAGACUCGCGCCGGGACGCUUCGACUACAUCGGACACAGUCACCAGCUGUUCCACAUCUGCGCCGUAAUCGGUACACACUUCCAGAUGGAGGCUGUUCUGACGGAUAUGACAUCACGUCGAAGCUGGCUCAUGGCUCACUCAGCCACACCGUGCUUCCUGGGAACGCUGGGAGCGCUGGCACUUGGCGUCCUGCUCAACCUGGGCAUCAUCGCGCUGUUCAGCGCCAGUCUGCUGCGUGCUCCAACCCUCAGCUCCGACAAAGGGGUUGCUCCGAACCGCACACUGCAUACAAACAUCGCCGCCGUUGCCACGAAAGACCAGUAAAACUCUCAAGCACUUCAGAAAAAACAACUCCAAACAUGGCCCAGGGAGAAUAGGGUCCUCGAGAAAUAGAGAUGCACUGAAAUUGCAUUUCAUUUCAAAAUAAUUCUGCCACAAAAAUAAUUUUCAUUAUUUAAGAUUAAUUUUAAUUCAGAUUUCUAAGAA